CACGCUUGUGUUCAUUGUGGAGCUAUUAUGUGGUAUGGUGAACGCAUAAACAAGAGCAAAUAUAGACGCAAACCUAUAUUUACUUUGUGUUGCAUGCAAGGACAGGUUCAGUUGCCAUUUUUAAAGAAACCCCCUGAUCUUAUAAUGAACCUUCUAACAGGAGAUGAUAAGCUAAGCAAGCAUUUUCAAAAGAAUACGAGAGCCUAUAAUAUGGUUUUCUCUUUCACAUCUCUUGGUGGGAAGGUAGUGAAUUCUCUAAACAAGGGACAAGGACCACAGAUGUUUCAGCUUCAUGGUGAAAACUAUCAUUUGAUGGGAAGUCUAACACCACCUGAAGGAGACUAUGCUAAAUUUGGACAGCUAUACAUUGUGGAUACAGAGAAUGAAGUUGAAAACAGAUUUAAUGCUCUAAGCAAGUCCAAAAAAUCCUCCUCGCUUAGUAAGAAAGAUGGGUUGAAGAAGGAAAUUAUUCUUCCUAUUAUCGAGAUGUUGAAUGCUGUUAAUCCAUAUGUUGAGCGGUUUCGAUCAGCUAGAGAGAGAUUUGUGGAGAAUCCUCAAAAGACUUUCCAUAUGCGAAUUGUCAGUAGAAGUGAUAAAGAUGGUAGGACAUAUAAUAUGCCAACUGCAUCUGAGGUGGCUGCGUUGAUUCCUGGGGAUUUUAAUUUAGGAAUGGACAAGCGGGAUAUUGUUCUACAGCAUAAGACUGGACGACUUACCAGGAUUGAUGAGAUUCACCUCUCCUAUCUAGCACUGCAAUAUCCUCUAAUAUUUGUUUAUGGUGAAGAUGGUUUCAAGGUUGGUAUUAAAAAAGGUGUCACAGAAGCUACAAAGAAACUCAAAAAGGACUUCAGUAUGCGGCAGUUUUUUGCUUUUCGGCUGCAAGAGCGGGAAAAUGAGUCACAUAUUCUGCUUUAUUCAAGAAGGUUAUUUCAGCAAUUCAUAGUGGACGCCUAUACUACUAUCGAAUCUAACAGACUGAGGUAUUUGAAGUUUAACCAGACAUGCUUGCGUUCAGAUAGUUAUGACUCCAUUAAGGAGUCUGAAAAUGCUGGGAACUUGGACAUGGAUGAACAAGGUCAACAAUUUGUUCUACCAGCUACUUUCACUGGGGGUCCAAGAUACAUGAAGAAUAUGUACUUAGACGCUAUGGCCAUUUGCAGACAUUUUGGUUUCCCAGACCUUUUCAUCACAUUCACAUGCAAUCCAAAAUGGCCAGAAAUUACCAGAUUUCUUCAGAAAAGAGGAUUGAAUUCAGAUGACAGACCAGAGAUUAUUUGUCGAAUAUUUAAGAUGAAGCUCGAUGCUUUGAUGAACGAUUUGACAAAAAAGAAUAUCCUCGGAAAGACAUCUACGUCUAUGUAUACUGUGGAGUUUCAGAAGAGAGGAUUGCCACACGCUCACAUUCUGCUUUUUAUGCAUCCUUCAUCCAAAUUUCCAAAAACAGAAGACAUUGAUAAAAUCAUAUCAGCUGAGAUCCCAGAUAAAUCAUCUGAUCCAGAUCUUUACAAUGUUGUUAAGGAUAUGAUGAUUCAUGGUCCGUGUGGAGCUGCUAAUAUGAACUCUCCUUGUAUGGAAAAUGGGCAGUGUUCGAAGAUGUUUCCUAAACCUUUUGCAGACAGUACUAGAGUGAAAAAGGAUGGAUUUCCGGUUUAUAGAAGACGCGACCAGUCAACCUGUUUUGUUGAGAAGAAUGGUUUGAAAUGUGAUAACAGAUGGGUCAUCCCUUACAACAGGACACUCUCUCUUCGUUACCGAGCUCACAUUAAUGUUGAGUGGUGCAACCAAGUUGGUUCUAUUAAGUAUUUAUUUAAAUACAUUAAUAAAGGAUCUGACCGUGUUACAGUAGUCGUAGAACCACCAGAGCCACAAGUUCCGAGCUCAGCAGGAUCGUUCUCACAGACAGCGAAUGGUGGUGAGCCACAAGUUCCGAGCUCAGCAGGAUCGUUCUCACAGACAGCGAUUGGUGGUGACGUUUUGACAGGGGAGAUUAAAAAGAAUGAAAUAAAGGAUUUCUUUGAUUGCAGAUAUGUUUCUACUUGUGAAGGAGCAUGGAGGAUUUUUGCCUUUCCAAUACAUUACAGAUCCACAGCUGUUGAGAAACUUUCAUUUCAUCUACCAGGGAAACAAAAUGUUAUUUUCAGAGGGAAGGACAAACUGAAGGAUGUUGUUGGUCGUAAACUCAUCGAGAACACAAUGUUUUUGGCGUGGUUCAAGCUGAAUGAAGUUGAUGCUUUUGCUCGGACUCUGACAUAUAUUCAGAUUCCCAACUAUUACACCUACUCGAAAAGUCAGAAGAAGUUCACCAGAAGGAAACAAGGCUUCAGUGUUGGAAGAAUUAAUUAUGCUCCACGUAAGCAAGAAAGUGCUUAUUAUUUGAGAGUAUUGUUGAACUAUGUCAGAGCUGUUGUUCGUGGUCUUUUUGUUCUAAUGCUUCUGUCAAAUAGUUUGUCUCAACCAGAGGUUGUUUGGGAAAAAACUUGGGAAUUGUUAUCUGAAGAUAUUGAGUACAAUAGAAGAAUGCAUUUCAACAGGCCAGUAUAUGAGUCUAUGCCUAAGCUGCCUCCCGAAUUCAAACCGAUUGAAAAUGUUUUGAUCUUGGAUGAGCUAAAUUACGAUCUUGAUGAAUUGCAAGCCACUCAUGAUAGAGAUAUUCUGUUGAUGACUACUGAACAAAGAAAGAUAUAUGAUGAGAUCAUCGGUGCUGUUUUUGAAGAAAGAGGUGGAAUGUUCUUUGUUUAUGGGUUUGGUGGCACUGGAAAAACUUUUCUUUGGCAGAUUCUAUCAGCUGCGGUUAGGUGUAGGGGAGAUAUUGUUCUUAAUACUGCAUCAAGUGGAAUUGCUUCUCUGUUGUUGCAAGGUGGUAGGACUGCUCAUUCACGUUUUGGCAUACCCAUCAAUCCAGAUGAGUUUACUACAUGUUCAUUGACUCAUGGAUCAGAUAAAUCUAAUUUGAUAAAAGAGGCAUCUCUAAUCAUUUGGGAUGAAGCACCAAUGAUGAGCAAGCAUUGUUUUGAAUCUUUAGACAGGAGUUUAAAGGAUCUGAUGAAGAUGGUGAAUCACGACAAUAAGCCUUUUGGUGGGAAGGUUAUUGUGUUUGGAGGUGAUUUUCGACAAGUUCUUCCUGUGAUUACUGGAGGUAGUAGAGCUGAGAUUGUGUUGUCUGCCAUGAAUUCAUCAUAUCUAUGGGAUCAUUGCAAGGUUCUGAAACUUACUAAGAACAUGAGAUUGGCUUCAAACAAUCUCACUGAUGUAGAAGCAAACGAUUUGAAAGAAUUUUCUGAGUGGAUUUUGGCUGUUGGGGAUGGGAGAAUAGCAGAGCCGAAUGAUGGGGAGGCCUUAAUUGAUAUUCUAGAAGAGUUUCUAAUUAUGGACCCAAAUGAUCCUAUAGAAACUAUUUGUCAUGCCAUUUAUGGAGAUACUGAUUCACUAAGAGGAAUUAAAGAUCCUAAGUUUUUCCAACAGAGAGCAAUCUUGUGUCCAACUAAUGAGGAUGUGAAUAUGAUUAAUGAUCAUAUGUUAUCUAAACUUGAUGGAGAAGAAAUGGUUUAUACUUCAUCAGACAGUAUAGAUCCAUCUGAUACUGCUUCAGUCAACAAUGACGCCCUCAGUAAAGACUUCCUAAACAGCAUUAAAGUUUCUGGUCUACCAAACCAUAGUCUGAGAUUGAAGAUUGGUUGUCCUGUUAUGUUGCUUAGGAAUAUUAACCCUAACGAAGGUUUAAUGAAUGGAACAAGAUUGCAAAUAACUCAGCUUAUGGAUUUUAUGGUGGAAGCUAGGAUCUUAACUGGUAAGCAGGUUGGUGAAAUCGCUUAUAUUCCAAGAUUAUUGAUCACUCCAACAGAUAAAAGACUUCCUUUUAAGAUGCGUAGAAGACAAUUGCCUUUAGCAGUGGCUUUUGCAAUAACCAUCAACAAAAGUCAAGGACAGUCAUUGUCUGAGGUGGGAUUAUUUCUUCCUAGACCAGUAUUUUUUCAUGGACAGCUUUAUGUUGCCAUUUCAAGGGUUACAUCCAAGAAAGGUUUGAAAGUGUUGAUCGUGGAUAAAGAUGGGAAGCCGCAAAGGAAAACUACUAAUGUUGUUUUCAAAGAGGUUUUUAGUAAUCUUGAAAACAGAGUGUAGUGAUGAAAGUCU